AUGGGCUCGGACGUCUGGGUCGGCCCGUGGCGGCCGCACCGGCCCCGCGGCCCCAUCGGAGCCCUCUACAGCGGCCCAGGGCCCAAGUACAAGCUACCACCCAGCACCGGCUACAUCAUGCACGAUCCGUCGCGGCCCCGCGCCCCGGCCUUCACCUUCGGCGCGCGCCUCCCGGCACAGCAGACAUCGUGCAGCCCCGGGCCAGGCCACCUGGUGCCCGCUCGCAUGACCGUGCGCGGCCUAGACAGCGCCCCCGCGUACUCCAUCUUCGGCCGCCCGAGGCACGCGGCGCCCUUCCUCACUCCCGGACCGGGCAGGUACUUCCCGGAGCGAGCCGGGAACGCGGCGUACCCCAGCGCGCCUCGGCACACCAUCGCUCCCCGAAACUGGGGCCUCCGCCUGGAGUCACAAACCCCAGGCCCCGGGACCUACUCUAUGCCCUCGCUCCUGGGCCCGCGUGUAGUCGGCAAAGUCUCGGCGCCGAAUUACUCCAUCUACGGCCGCAGUGCGGUGGGCAGCUUCUGCGAGGACCUCAGCAAGACACCCGGGCCCUGCGCCUACCACGCGGUGAACCCUGGGGUCUACAAGCCCCGGGCCCCCCAGUUCUCGAUGCUGCCGCGGACUUCGUUCCCUCGAGGCAACACCUUGAAUCCCGGCCCUGCAGCCUACAACGUGGACCAGCACCGGAAGCCUCGCGGCUGGACCUUCGGGAUCCGGCACUCGGACUACUUGGCCCCGAUGCUGACCGAGGCGGACGAUGACCCGCUGGGCGGGCGCUGCCCCGCAGAUGUUUCUUAA